GCCUGCAGUUUUGAGCGGAACCUGUUGGCAUUGUAUUUGAGCUGCUUGUAUUUUUGCGCGCUUUAAGAGGGAUUUACGGUUGUUUUCAGGUUAUAUGAAGGGACAAGUGGAGUGAGAGUUCAGGAGAAACACCAAAAGAAAGACUCCAUCUGUGUCAGGCUGGUGGGAAUGAGAUAAGCUCUUCCAGGUUGGUUGGUUGGUUGGUUGGUUGGUGAUGGAGUGGAGAGAGCAGACGGUGGUCGGGUGUGAGGUGGCGUUCAGCGAGGCACAGCGAUGGGUGGAGGAAGUGACCAAGAAGAAAUUCGGGAGCAGUAACUUUAGAUCUGCCCUGGAGAAUGGAGUCUUGUUGUGCGACCUGCUCAACAAACUCAAGCCUGGGAUCAUCAAGCGGGUGAACAGACUUUCUACCCCCAUCGCUGGCUUAGAUAACGUGAACGUGUUUCUGAAGGCCUGUGGGAAACUCGGGCUGAACGACGCACAGCUCUUCCACCCCGGAGACUUGCAGGACGUGUCCACCCGUGUUACCGUCAGGCAUCAAGAGACAUCCAGGCGACUGAAAAAUGUUCUGAUCACGAUAUACUGGCUGGGAAGGAAAGCUCAGGCUGACCCAUCCUACCACGGACCACAGCUCAACUUUAAAGCUUUCGAAGGUCUGCUGGGCGUCGCCUUAUCCAAAGCUCUCGAAGAGGCAUCGUGCUCCAAAUCCAGUGUAAGGGACAGUGGUUUUGCAGAAACCUGGUACCCUGAUCAGGCAGUGCCAAACUACAGGAGGGAGGAUUCAGUGGAGAGCCAGGACUCGGUGGAGUCACACACGUUGAGCGUGACGACGGACAAUACACUAAUAACGGGUAGUGAAGGGUUCGGGAGCGACGCAGAGGCAGAGCAUUGCUUUAGGAUGACCGAACCUCCAUCUGCACCCGAUAGAGAGAGACGAAACGUCCCGGCUGCGCUGAGGAAGAAAAGAUUUCAGCAGCAUGAAGAAGGUGGCAGGGGUCGCAUCAGCCAACUCCAGAGAGUUCCUACAGGACACUCUUCCUGUGUCGGGAGCAAGUCCAUGAAUGACAUCACCUCAAAGCCUGUAGCACAGGAGUCGUUUCAUCCUUUGAAAAGUUGCCCCAGUAAAGCUACUACAGCUUCCCUGCGGCAGGAGCAGAUGUGGCACGAUCAGGCCAAGCUGCGGGAGAGCGAGGCCAAGUGGCAGGAGGACUUGAGCAAGUGGAAGACUCGAAGGCGGAGUGUGAACUCUGACCUGCACAGGAAGAAAGAGGAGCGAGAACAACUUGGGCUCCUCACCAGUGGGAUUGUCCAAGUUGAAGAGGAGCAGGAGCAAAGUUUUUGUAGGAGCAGCCUACAGAAGGAGCCUAAUUUGGCCUCCAUAGCUACAAAUAAGGCCUUUGCUCCUUCUCCAUUGACCUCCAGUGACUGCAACAUGCCUGCACCUAUAAACUCAACUGGACCGGUUUGUGUACGCAGAGGUGGUUCUUAUAACGGUACGAGUGAAACAAGUCCUCACACACCACCUGUAGUGAGCACAGCAUCCGAUUGCGUGCAGAGCUCCUCAUCCCCCUCCCCGCCAGGCUUGGCUCCAGCACCUGUCCAGCGUGCCAAGUCUCUAGAAAGUGCUUUUUCAGGUACGCCACAGAUGUCUGCCGCACUGCCCAGAGGUUUCCGCAGGUCAGAGGCCACCUCACGGCUCUCUGCAGGAGUCACACCAAAACCUUUCAGCACGUCCAGGAGGUCCACGCAGCCCAGAUUCUACUCUAUGGACGACUCCUAUAAUGGCCAACGAGAGCGAGACCAGCUUCCUGCAUCUGUCCCUCACCGAGGAAUUGACACCACUCCUGAUUACAAAGAUGACGCUCAUCUUCGUAGUACACGUGCAGCCACCCAGUGGAGGAAGGAGGAGGGAGUGAGGGGAAAGCGGAUGGACUCGGCUCCUAGCGUUCAUUCCUUCAUGUCUGCUAGCGUCCUGAUGCCUGAUAAAGCAGUGUCUGCGAGCAGGGAGGACAAGGUGGAUCACUGUGACAUGCGAGUCAGUCUGAAUCAGACGCCCAACAGCGGCACGGACUUCGGCUUUCAGGCUCACUGGGAUUCGGCUGGCACUCGUAUCAUAUCCGUCCAACCAGGCAGCUCAGCUCAGCUGUGCCACUUGCAAGCAGGCGAUGAGAUUGUGGCUUUGGGUGGACAGCGAGUGGCCGAAAUGAGCUACGAACAAUGGAAGGCCAAUAUGGAUGCUGCUCUGCGAGAGGGCAAGCUUCUGAUGGACAUCCGACGUCUCAGCCUUAACGGUCAUGCAGAUCACCACACCUCCAUCAGUACCACCUCCAGCCUGCCUAUGGAGAGCAAGACUAAAGCGCAGGUCAAUGGCCAUCCUGUUAAUGGUUUGCCAUUGAAAGCAACCGAUAGGAGUGUCAUGGACGGUCCCGUCCCAACAAAAAACAAAGGAGGCUCAGAGUCGGCGAUAUCAGACCUGCAGGUUCCCUCUAUUGGUGCGUCGUCCUCACGCUGGUGCUGGAACACUGAGGAGGAAAGGAGGAGACAAGAGAAAUGGCAGAUGGAGCAGGAGCACCUCCUGCAGGAGAAGUACAGGCGUGAUCAAGAGAGACUAGAAGAAGCAUGGAGACGAGAUCAGCAGGAAGCAGCAUUAGAAGAAACCAGCAGCCCUGAGAAUCGGGACGUGGCCCCUCUGCCCAGUGGAAACAUUGUGCAUUAUACUCCAGUCUCUUUCCUCCACCGAUCAAAUUCCUCAUCUCUUGUGGCACCGACUCGGCAAGCCCAAGAGGUGGCACUCCUCCAGAACAAACAAGUCCAAAUAGCAGCUGGUCAUCCGACCAAGGAGGAGCAUGAUUCCUCAAAGACAAGUCAAUGGAAGAAGUCCAUAUCCACUCCUUCACUUGAUGGAAGCCACAAGCAAGAUUCCAGAGUGGGCGUUAAGAAGGACCGCCUGUCUCGGGCUGAACAGGAGCGGCUACAGAUCCUGGAGGAGAUGAGGAAGAAGACUCCAGUCCUCACUGACAGCAGCUGGAUUCGCCAGCGCAGCACCUGUACCAUCCACAAGGAGCCCAUCAAUGUGACACCACUGAGAAGGUUCGUCUCAUGGUCAUGCGACACUCCGGAGAAACUUCAUACGUUGUCAUCAAACUUGAAACACGAGUCUCUGGACAACGUCCACACGAUCAGCAGCUCCUCAUCGAAACAGUUCUCCAGCUCAUCUCAGCCCCUCUCCAGCCUGAGCAGCAUCACUCCUUACCGAGGAUACUCAGGCCGCUGCAGCCUGGGCCCUGGAGCUGCCAUUUUCUCCAACGCUUUAAGGCAGAGCUCCUGGUCUCAGUCUCCCAUGUCCCCUGUAUCUGAUGCUGAGGAGGCGUAUAACCGUUCACAGCAGCCUGACAGUGUGUCAGCUGCAGGACUAGGCUCAGGACACACCCAGAGUCUGGCGCUCAGGUGCGAGUCAGACACAGACAGCUCUUCUGCAACACCUGCUACAACAGAGUCCAAGUCAGUACCAGCAUUCCCAAGUGACCACAGUGCAUGACUGACUGCACAUCGGGGAGAAGACUUUCCCUGGAGAUGAUUCAGACGACGACCACAAACUCGGCAUAAUUUCAGAUGGGAUUAAGCUACUGCUUAACCUUCCACUUCGGUCACAGAUUUAAUGUUGUGUGGAUUUGUACAGGUCGUCAGUAUGUAGUUUCUGCAUGUGGUGUCAUUAAUUUUUUUUUUUUUUGGUUUUUUAUUUCUGUUUAAUAAAGUGAAAUUGCUGAACUAAAACACUGUUUUCAUCCUUGUCCUGCUAAUCUGGACUGAAGAACUGAAACGAGCUGACUCUUUUUAAAUUGGACAUGUUUUUCUUGUAUCAUUCCCUUCUCUUCAUUCCAGCUUUCAGCAGCACAGGUUUUUGUUUCACAGAUUUAAUAUAUAAUGCGUAUGUGUACAUUUCACAGAUACAAGUGCAUGAUGUCAGCACUUGAUCUUGUAAUGCACAAGUUUUUUUUUCUUGCUUUUUUUUUUUGAAAAGUGUUUUUAGAGAAAUCCCAAUGAUCUUUCCUAAUGCUGUAAAUAAAAGGAUCUACGAUACA